UAAAAUUUUUCUUGUAAUUGGUAGGAAUGUAAAAUUGAAGCCAAUGGUUGGUUGGACGAGUGAUUUUAAUUUCUUUUCCCAUCCGUAGCCGACUGGUGUCGUGCUAUCCAAAUGGGUAAACCCCGAGGAAUACGUACGGCGCGUAAGCACGUGAACCAUCGCCGUGAGCAGCGAUGGGCAGACAAAGAUUACAAAAAGGCCCACAUGGGAACGAGGUGGAAGGCUAAUCCCUUCGGUGGUGCAUCUCACGCCAAGGGCAUCGUCCUGGAAAAAGUUGGUGUUGAAGCCAAACAGCCCAACUCUGCUAUCCGCAAGUGUGUUCGUGUCCAGCUCAUCAAGAAUGGCAAGAAGAUCACAGCCUUCGUUCCUCGGGAUGGUUGUCUCAAUCACAUUGAGGAGAACGAUGAAGUGCUAGUUGCAGGAUUUGGUCGUAAGGGUCAUGCUGUUGGUGAUAUUCCCGGAGUCAGAUUUAAGGUCGUGAAGGUAGCCAACGUCUCACUUUUAGCCCUGUACAAAGAAAAGAAGGAGAGGCCACGAUCAUAGACAACUCGCACUGUGAUAAGUGUCCUGCUGCUGUAAAGUGGUGUUGUUUAUAAGUGAACUUUAUAAAAAUGUAAAAUCAAGUACAUAAAUAAAUUUAUGUGCAACAAAAUAA